AAGAUUGAGCCAAGUCCUGAACCUAAUGGACCAGAUGAUGGAGACCCCUUUUCUCUCAUCACCUUGUGGAAUGGGUUCUGGAUCGCUGAGAGGAUGGAACGUGAAGGAAGAUAAGGACGCUCUAUACAUUCGAAUCGACAUGUCAGGUGUUGACAAGGACAAGGUGAAGAUCACAGUGGAUCAGAACACUCUGAUCGUGAAAAGGGAAGGUGAGAAGGAAUCGGAGGAGGAUGAGCAUGGGCAGAUAUAA